GUAACGGUUGUCCCUACAUCGUAGACGAUCCUAAUGAAGACACCAUCAGUGUUCUAGUGCGCCUCAUCACAGAGAAGAAAGAGAAUGCUGCUGCCCUGGAGGAGCUGCUACUGGAGUACGAGAGUAAACAGAUGGCCAUCAGCAAAGCCUCCUCAAUCAAGUUCCCAGUGCUGUCUCCGUUGACUCAUUUCCUCUCCUUACCCAGACUAUGUCCUCACCAGUCUCACCUCCACACCAUCUCUGGUCUGUCUGGCCUGUCUGGCCCCCGACACGGCUACUGCUGCUCCCGCUGUGCCCAGAAGAAAUGGCCCCCCAUCCUCCUGCCCCCAUCAAACCCCCAAAGUUCCUCCUGACCCCCUCAAACCCCCUCAGUCUCUCCUGUUACCCCCUCUGGACCUCCAGAAGAACCCUCUCCUGCCCCCCGUGGACACACACCACUCCACCACUAAGAUCUCCCAGACGCCCAGGGCUGGGUCAGGGUUACUCCCUGAAGGGAAGUGGAGGAUUCCUGGGGAGGUGACCCGGUCUGUUGGGAGGUUUCAGGUGGCUCAGAUUCAGGAGCAGAGGCCUGGUUCCGUGGAGAUGACGCUCUGCCCAGAGUCGAGUGACUCAGACUCAGUGGAGGAUUCAUCUCUGCUGGGGGCGAACAAGUCAUCCUCGUCAUCAUCCUCACCAGCUGCCAGGGGUACACAGGAGGUUAAGAGCUAAACAUUCGCAGAGAGGAAUGCUGGGUAAAAAUAACUCUACCUCGCUGAUCAAUGGAUGUGAUGGGAUUCCAAAAUGGCGACCAGAGAAGUUGUGAUUUGGGAAGUUAGCCUGGGUGCUUGUUGGGAAGUUAGCCUGGGUGCCAGACAAAGGGAAACCCUUGUAUUUUUAACACAAACAAGUUGUAUCUAUUCCUAUUGUCUUUAGAGGCAGGGAGAAGAGAGGAGGAACAAACUAUGAAUUAACCCAACCGUGUGGUCAACACAGUCUGCACUCGACACAGUGCAAUACACACACACACACACACACACACACACACACACACACACACACACACGGGGGUAGGCCUACACACAUAGAACACAUACAAAAAAGAACAAGUAUUAUUAUAGGAAACGACUCCAAUUUGUAGUGUAGAGAACUUUUAAUCAUUUUUCUAACACUUUCAGCUGUUUUGACUUGUUAUAUUUGAAACGCUGAUUAGCGUAAGUUUUAGGCCUUCUUGAUAAUGUUGAAUGUAGUCUCCAACAUUGAUAGAGAGACAUAAUAAUAUACAAACAGCAUGAACUACAUGUUGUACUCUUUAGCUCUUAUAGAUGGCAUUUAACUUCAUUUAGUUUCUGAUUAAAGUUGAACAUGUGGUAACAGCAGUGUAAAUGACUGUAUAUAUGUACAUAGGGCUGUGAAUAUUGAAACUCUUAGAUUUGACCAGAGGAGGGUCGGACAGGGAGAGAGGUCAGGGAGAGGGUCAGGGAGAGAGUCAGGGAGAGGGUCAGGGAGAGAGU